AUGGCAAGACCCAUUCCCAUCCAUUCCAUCAUUUCCCAUCAUUUCCCAUCUCAGGUGGCUUCUGUGCGAACCUUUUAUGGCAAGACGCCUACGUCGCCGAGUUAUGGUUUCGUGAAAUUCCACAGGGAUUCUCAGGCUCUUGCGGCGCUCCAGGGGAUGAAUGGUCGGGAGUUGAACGGUCAUGUGAUGACGGUUCGAUUGGCCAACAACGACACCACUGGGCCUGGGCCUAGGAAUGCUCCACCGCCCAUAGCACCUGCGGUUGGAGGAACCAAUCUCUACGUCAGCGGGUUACCUCCAGAUAUGGAUGAGGCCAGGAUGAAAGAGAUGUUUCAGAAGUUUGGCAACGUGGUCUCCGUGAAACUCGCUCGGGAGGCGCGGAUCUACAAACAGUACGGAUUCGUCCACUACACCGUGCCAGAGGAGGCGGAAGCUGCGAUCAAUGGGAUGAACAACAGGAUCAUUGACCGAGACUAUCAGCUCACCGUGAAAUACGCCAACAGCUCCGAGAAAGCCCAGAUAGCACAGACAUGGCAGAGAGAAGGAGCUGCUCCCAUGGGAGCCGCCAUGGCACCCAGCAUGGCGCCGGGCAUGGGAUCGGCUGGUGGCUGGCCACAGGAGGAGAUGCCACAGCCAACUGCAGUGCAUAUCAGUGGAUUGCCUACAGGCACGUCAGUUGAGCAGCUGCAGUCUUUCUUCGCUGGCUAUGGGCAGGUCCAAGCCAAGCUGCUGGACGAUGGCAGCCAAGGCAGUCCUCCCUCAGCCCUGCUGCGGCUGCUGCCAUCCGAGGCGGAACGCUUGGUUGCGGACUUCGAUGGCCAGGUGCUGCAAGGCUUAGAGAGGCCGCUGUCCGUGCGCAUCGUUCCCAUGGAGCAGCGAAUGGAGAGAGAGACGUUUUCAAAUCGCUUUGAGCCAUAUGGCAAGGCCCCGGAGGGCCAGGGCGGCCCUGUGUCGCCCGUGGCGCCGGUCUCCACCGCCACGUUGAUGGCCACGCUGCCGGAGGCCUCUGAGGGCGCCUGGCCAGCGCCGCCCAAAGCAACGGGGCCACCAGGGCCCAGCCCGGCCAGUUCCGAGUUCAUGGUCGCAAUGAGCGAGACGGUGUCUCGUGUGAAGGGCUUCAGACCGGUGCUGCCCCACAACAUGGACCCAACGAAUUUGUACAUCAAGGGGCUUCCAUCCAACGCUGACGAGCUCUAUCUCUACUCCAUCUUCUCUCCCUUUGGUCCCAUUCAAUCCGUUCGCCUGCUGAAAGACGGCGUCAGCGGCAGCUGCACCGGCGCGGCGCUGCUGAAGUUCGGCGUCACCGAGGACGCUGAGCUGGCGAUCCGCACCCUGUCCGGCAACAAGCUGCCGGACGGCGUGGUGCUGGACGUCACGGUGAAGACAGUGAGAUCGUAA